AUGAACCUGACACAGUUUAAUCAGUCUGAUCACUGUGAUCAUUUCUCCUGUCCAGAGAGAUCUGUAUCUCCUGCAGUUUAUAUCUUACUGUAUGUGUGUUCAGCUGCUGUGGUUCUGCUAACAAUGUGUGGAAAUCUGCUCGUCAUUAUCUCUGUUCUUCACUUCAAGCAGCUUCACACACCAACAAACAUGCUGGUGCUCUCUCUGGCUGUGUCAGAUUUCCUUGUUGGAGCUUUACUCAUGCCAGUUAUGUUCAUCUGGACGAUUGAAUCAUGUUGGAUUUUUUGGAGAGAUUUCUGCAUUGUUUUCUUGUGGAUUGGUGGUCUCCUCAUGAGCCUAUCUAUAUACAAUAUUGUUCUGAUUGCUGUAGAUCGGUAUGUGGCUUUGUCAAACCCAUUUCUCUACACAAACACAGUCACUAAGAGGAUGAUGUGCAUUGUCAUUUAUUCUAACUGGUGUGUGUGUCUGGUGUAUGUCAUAACAAUUGUUUAUUUUAAUGGAAAGUUCACGAAUUCUGUAAUGUGUCCUGGAGAAUGUUUUUAUAUUGUGAGUGAGGUUUGGACUGUAAUUGAUCUCAUAUAUUCAUUUAUAUUCCCACUUUCUGUCAUAAUCAUAUUGUAUACUCGAGUUUUUGUGAUUGCUAAGAAACAUGUCACUGCUAUCAGAGAGCUUAAUAAUCACACACGGCCUAAAACACAGAAAAUCACCUCAUACUCCAUGAAAUCUGAGAGAAAAGCAGCUAAAGUCCUCGGUAUUUUAGUGUCUGUGUUUCUGGUGUGUUUACUUCCAUAUUUUAUUUACAGUUUAUUAGGUGAUGUUAUUGGACUACAGACAAAAACUGUUCAGAAACUUAUGAUCCUACUUUAUCUUAAUUCCACCUUAAAUCCAGUUAUUUAUGCUCUGUUUUACCCAUGGUUCAGGAGGUGUGUUAAAUUAAUCAUGAAUCUGCAAAUAUUUCAAACAGACUCUGCAUUAAUCAAUAUUUUAUGA